UGUUGUGAUAAUUUUUACUGUUUCCUCUCUAAUUAGUUAUACCAGCUGCAUGUAUACAGCUGUCAUGUACAGGAACAGACUACUACACAACUUUGUUUGAUGCUAGAAAGGACUGUUUUUCCAAAAUUUUACCUUUCUGCGAUGGAUAAUUAAUGGAGAAAAUCAGAAAGAUAACUUAGUAGCAAUUAAGUCUGUAUUUAUAUCAAUUUAGAUCUCAAAUUGCUGAAGAUAUUGAAGUGUUCUUAGAAAACUCGGCUCUUGAAUCCUCCAAAGUAUCGUUGAUUCUCAUUGAUUCUAAUAGAAAACUUGGUUAAAUUAUUUUUUUAUGAAAAUGUCCGAAGUAUUAUCAUCUCAGAACAUGAAACAGGUGCUUGUAGAGAAGGCACACGAAUUAUUCUCGUUAUGUGAUAAGGAGCAAAAAGGAAUAAUAACGAAACGAGACAUGCAACGUCUAAUUAAUGAAUUACCAUUGUCUCCAGAACAAUUAGAAGUUGUAUUUGAUUCGUUAGAUAGCGAUAAGAAUGGAUAUUUAACGUUGCAAGAGUUUACUGACGGUUUUGGUAUGUUUAUUGGAAUUGAUACACGCCCUAAUACAAAAAAUAAGAAGAAUUAUGAUACAGAUUCAGAAACUUUGGAAGAUAUCGAAGAAGAAUGCGAAGAUGAAACAUUUGAAGAUUUCCUUGAACAGCUGGGUGCAGCGGAUUUAUUUGAAGAUAAAGAGCAUGUACGUCUCAUUUGGAUGCAACUGAGAUCGGAAAACAUAGAUAUGUGUAGAAAAUUCGAAGAAUUUUUAGGGAAAUUGAUUAAAGAAGUCAAAGAAUCAAAAACGGAAUGUGUGAAUCUCGAAACGGCUCUGAAAAAUCGAAUGAAUCAGCACGACGAACAGGUACAACAAUUAUAUGAAGAAAUGGAGAAACAAAUAAAACUGGAGAAAGACAGACUAUUAGCUGAGGAACGAAGCAGAGAAAAACGAGUACGAGAAGAAUUGGAAAAUGAAAUUCAUCUUAAAGAAAAACAAUUGCAAGAACUUCUCGAGAAACAAUCGGAGAUGGAAAAGCAAUUAAAAGAAAUCACCUUUGCAGGAAGUGAAACUAAACAAGAAAAUAUCAAACUUCAAAUGGAGAGAGAUAAUCUAGAAAGACGUUUGACAGAAUCUGACAGAUCCAUGAAAGAAAUGCAAAAUUACUUAGACGAACUUCGACAGAAAACACUGGAAGACAGAAAGAAACGUGCCAGAGCAGCCUUACAGGUAUCAGAAAACAUAGCAAUGGAAAGAGAACAUUUGGUUAAAGAACUUGAUGUUCUCAGGACUGUUAAUAAACAAUUAUUGGACGAAAAGGAUAUGAACUCAACAGUUAGUAGCAGAACGAAUAGUUUUGAUGAAGAAGUAGCUCCUAAUAUCGAAACACCUUCUCCUUCAAACAGGGUUUUAAUGAAACAGGGAAGUGUUCUCUCCGAUUAUUUAGGGAGCCAAAAAUCACCUCGUAGCUCUAUUUUAUCCGAAAUAUACGAUGAAGAGCCAGAAACAACUGAUAAUUCCACUCUAAACACUGAAGAAGGUGUCGAAAAUGAAGAAAUAUUAGAAAGUACACAAGAAAUUCCAAAUAAUAAUGAAAACACUGAAAUAAAAAACUGCAGAAUCGUUGCUGAAGGUGAUUGCGUUAUACCCGAUUCUCAUGAAAAUAUUUUUCCAAUAAAAUCUCAAAAUAAUAAACAGGUUAUGUGGAAAGUAAAAUGUAUUAUAUUUCCUGCAGCUAUACAAAGUAAUCCAAUAAACGAGCCCAAAAAUGAAUGGAAAGUCAAGAAAUCGUUUGAAACAGUGAAUGAUGGAGGAAAUCGAUAUUUCGUAGAAAAGGAUCAGGAAAUGACAAUAAAGAAAAAUAUAAACUGUUGUAGUAACCAUCAAAAUGUAGAUAAUAAACAGACGAAAUUAAUGCUUAAUCCCGAGAGAGUGUUCAAAGUGGUAUUUGUUGGUGAUUCUGGAGUUGGUAAGAGCAGCUUCAUGAGUAGAUUUUGUGGAAAUAAUUUUCGACCAAAUUACGCUGCUACUAUUGGUGUAGAUUUCCAAGUGAAAUCUAUAAUUGUAGAAGGUCAGACAAUAGUGCUUCAGCUUUGGGACACUGCGGGACAAGAAAGAUUUCGUAGUAUAACGAAACAAUACUUUCGCAAAGCGGAUGGGGUUAUCAUCAUGUACGACGUCACUUCUGAAUCUUCGUUCAAGAGCGUAAGAGGAUGGAUCAAUCGCAUUAAAGAAACAGCAGACAAUCCAGUUUUAUUAUUAAUUGGUAAUAAAAUUGAUUUAUGCGAAAACGAUGAAAACAGAGUCAUACUCUAUAAAGAUGGACAAAAGCUAGCAGAGGAGUAUGAAGCGGUAUUUUACGAAACGAGUUCAAAAAAUGGAGCACACGUGGACGAAUCUGUUAAGAAAAUGGCAAGUCUUCUUCAAGUAAGAGAAGAUGCAGAGUUGGAGAAAGUAUUGAGACUUCAAGAAGAAACGAAGAAAAAUAAAUGUUGUUAGGGGGGUUUUUCGUGGACGGUGUUGUAGAUAAUAUAAUUUAAUCGUAAUAAAAUAUAAAUAAUAUA